CUGGGAUCUUAGCUUCUGUCAUCUCAUCUACCACACUGCAUUUUUGUUUAUGGUCAUGAAUCAUGAUCAGUGUUUUUUUGGCCAUCUUUUGUUAAUUAUUAUGUCAUUAAUUUAGUUUUUAAAUUUUUUGAGCAUUUACGCGUAUAUAGCAUAAAUUAUUUAAUCCGUAGAUAAAUUUUCCGACUACUAGCCAUUCCACUUUAUCGUUUUCGGGACGGUCUGAAUUGACCGGGCUAACCAUUUUAGAGUGGAUGUGUCAGGGAAGUAAUAGAAUCAAAUUUUCACCAUUGAUGGACUCAACUUGUGUUCAUAAUCCAACGCAGUUUUGCAUCAGACUAUUUUUAUCUGCAUUUGAACUGAAGAAUUGUUUACUGUUUUCGGUGUUUGAUUUUCUAUCUUCCUUUCUUCUGUGUUUCCUUUAAAUAUGGGUGGGGUUUAUUUUAGGCUCUGCUAAUGUCAAUGGCUGAUUUGGAGGGCGUAGAAGGUUACAUGCCUUCUGCAGAAUAUGUGGAAGACAGUAAUGAAGCUCUCAUUAACUUGACUGACUCAACUGAACUUUUGUUUCUUAAGCUGCCUUCUUCCAAUGAUUUUUUAUCUGACAUAAAUGGACAGAAAUUGUUUCUCACACUUAACAAUGGUGGUAAGCUAGCCAGCUUUGAGGGUUCAUCAGGUAAGGUAUAUGAUUUUGUAAACUUUUUUGCUCAGAAGCCAGAUGAAACAGUUUUUGUUUCCUCUACAGAACCAACAAUUGCAAAGAUUUCAAUGCGAGUUUCAACCAUCCAUUACCCUGAUCCUAAAGAACUUGAGAACCUCAAUUCAAUCAACGCAAGACAUGCACAUCGAAAUUCUUCUGGAAUCACUGGGACAACUUCAUCUCGGUACUUUCCUAUGCAAAGUGGUGGACGUGCAGCUUCAUCAAAAGGUAGCAGACAGAGAAGCUCCUUGUCUGGAGUUACUGAGCCAUCUAGUAUUUCGAAAAAAGGACACGUGUCUAAAUCUAAAUUCAACUUGUCUGAGUCCUCACAUGGUCACAGCACUGGCAUUUCCUCUAUGUCCGUAGACAAUUCUCAUGAAGGAAAACCAAAGAGAAGAAAACACACGGAAUAAUGUUUCCUAUACCCGCCAUGGCCUUUAAUAGUGUAAUUUUUAAAAUUAACAUUAUCCCGGGCCUAACUAUAUAGGAAAGAAUAGGGCAACACUUUUAUGUUGCAAAAGGAUGAUAAAUAUUUGUAUUUUCUUUGUAUUUUUCAAAUUGUCAUUUACUUCAGUUGCACAAUGCUCACUGAUUUAAGGACCCUUUCUUUUCUCA